CCGGCACCGGUAUCUCAGGCUGAAACUUACAGGUCAACGUGCCAACCAUAGUGAUCUACCAGAUCUAGGGCCUGUUUUCUUGUAUAAAAUGUGGUAUGAUGACUUGUGUUGUGCUAUACUUAUUCUCUUCCUGCCUUACUGCUGCUUCCUGAUGUCGGAACAGACAGCCGAGUCACCAGUUAGCCCAACUCGUGGCUGGUUCACAAAUUCAUUUUUGGAAGCAGUCCUCCGUAUUCUGCCCUCCUUGAAGCCACCUGUGAACGGCCGUUUAUCUGAGUCCGAUCCAGUUGUCCCAGAUCAACCUUGGAUCGACAUGGUGCAUCACAUAGCGGCAUUACAGCGAGUCACAAGCCAUGAAGCUAGUGAACCAAUAAACCUUCACCCAAUAGAUGGCCUUCCUGAUCUCAGUGGACAGAUCAGGGACAAGGGUGCCUUCCCUGACAGCAUUGGCGGAUUCAGCGAUGUAUGGAAAUGCACAUGGAUUGGGAAGAAUAUGAAUAUAAAGGUUGCCGUGAAAACAAUCAGAGUUCAGCCUGAUGUUAAAGAUAGAGAGAAGAAGAGUAGGCGAUUGUGCAAGGAGGCAAAGAUAUGGGCUACCCUGGAAGAUGCACACAUUUUGCCGCUCAUCGGACUUACAUGGGGGUUUGGUCCUCUUCCAGCCCUAGUUUGUCCAUGGGUUGAGAACGGUUCACUGCAAUCUUAUCUGGAAUUGAAGAAUAGGGAUCUCUCCUUGGAGUGGAGAUUCCACAUCCUCCUAGGAUUGGUAUCAGCAGUCUCGUACUCUCGAACAAGUACCCGGCGUCUUUUUAUUUACGGACUUCUAGUUCAUUCGAAGGACGUCGUACAUGGUGACAUCACAGGAUCGAACAUACUGAUUAACGGACGAGGAGAGCCACUUUUAUCAGACUUUGGCCUCUCCUCCCUGGACGUGGAGCUCACGGGAAAUUCAUACUUCACAUCCUGCAAGCCAGGGAAUGUACGAUGGGCUGCGCCAGAAUUGUUGAUUCCCCUGCAAAACGGAUCUCCGUGCCGUGCGUGUGUAAAGAGCGAUAUUUACUCUGUGGGCUGCGUGAUGCUGCAGGUACUUUCUGGCCGCGUGCCCUACGAUAUUUGGACCGAUUUUAUGGUCAUCAACGAGAAGUUCAACGGCAAGGAACCUCUACGAAUUCUCGAACCUCCCAUUGAUGACCGUCAUUGGUAAUUCAUGAGACGCUGCUGGCGUAAGAAGCAAGAAAGAUCUGUAACGGUCAAGGAUAUAGCCGACUUCGCUAGAAGGGAACUGGAUGAUUCACGGAAGUUUGGGAGGCUAUAACUUGAAGUGGUUGCCUAGUACAUACUGAGUAUUCUUUACU